AUGGAAUCAUCAAACAUCAAAAAAAGUUCUUCAACAACAACUGCUAUAUCAAGCCUCAAAAAGAAGUUUAGAUUGAGAACUGGUGGUGUUGAAGGUGUCAAAACAAAACGUAUUGGAGAGAAAAUGAUUCGAAUGAUUGGAUAUGUUAAUGUAUCAAUUGAUAUUCGAAAUGAUAAAAAAGAUACAGUUAUUGAUAUUCCGUUUGUUGAUGAUCAAACUUUGGGAAGAGUUCUUGGUUGGUGCAAACGCCACAGUAAUGAUGAGCCUUUGCAAGAUCAUGAAUUAGUCAAACUUCGAAAUAAGCCAGUUCCGGAAUGGGAUAAGAAUUUUCUGGGUUAUUUGUCAAAUUCGGAGCUUUUUGCACUCACAAUCGUGAAUUUUAGUUUAACUAGCUUCAAAAAAAUUUUUUUAAAGGCUGCUGAUUUUUUGGACGUUCCUGGACUCUUAGAUGUUUGUUGUAAAACAAUUGCUGGAAUGCUUUCGGGAAUAUCGGCUGAAAAUAUUCGUGAGAAGUUUGGUAUUGUGGAUGACUUGACUGCUGAUGAGAAGGCUGAGUUGAAAGCUGAGCAUCAAGGUCUAAAUGAAAUCAAGCUUUCCUAG